AUGAGCAACUCGAGUCACAUGUUUAGAAAUGAAACCAAUUUGUUAAGCAAGUCCACUUUGUCAUUCUUAGAUGACACAUUUGUGCGUGUUUCUCUUCAUAUUGCCAUGUUGUCAUCAAUGUUUUUUCUAAUAUGUUUGAUGUUUCUAUUUCCAUGUUAUGUGUAUGUCAACAAAAUUAAUCGACAGAGGGAUGAAUUGACGUCUCUUUUCCCGGUUACUGAUCAUUUUUAUAAAAUGAUAAAAGCGACAAAUCUACUGAUUGCUGUUGUCAUUAUCUGCAUAAUAUUUACUGUUAUAUCCACUUCUGUCGUAAAUUCCUGGUUGAUUUUUUCGAUUCUCACUAUUACCGGGUUGAUAUUAUUCACACUUCACGUUAUAACUCAAGUUUUUCAAAUUUUAAUUUCACUUUUGGCAGUGAGAAAGUUUUGUUUUCAUUUUUACCCGUCUCAUAUUGAAAGUGUUCUGAAAGUGCAAAAAUAUAUACUUAAGUUUAUCUGGAUUUUUUAUUUACUCAAAAUGAUUACCACUAAAGAAAACCACAGCGUCAUUCUGGAUUUGAUCACAUUCAUAGUAUUAAACAGUCUUCUUGUCAUUACUUCAUUGCUCUACAUCCCAAUAAUAAUCAGUUCUAAAUUCAAAAAUUCCGGACCAACCGAAAAGAAUAAAUCACAACAAUAUUUAAUUUGGCAGACAGUGUUUAUUUUGAUAUUUAAAUUGACGACUAUUCUAAUGUUAAUCAUAAUUUUUCUCUACGAUUCUGAACAAGCGUUUGUAUUCCACAUUAUAAUGGUCACUGAUGUGAUGAGUACACCUUUGAUAGUACAAAUAUCAUAUCUGUGCAAUAACAAGCGGAAUAUCAGGACUUUGUUUAAGAAUUUCAAAUUUGCCAAUUUUGUCAGAGUCGUGUUAAAUAUGGAGGUAAAAUCAACAGUGAAACCUGAAGAAUCAAAGCAAGAUAUGCAAACAACUAGAGUCUGAUUUUAAUAAACAUAUAUAUUUGUUCAAUUUCGAUAAAUAUU